GUAAUAUUUUCUAGGGUCAAGAGGGUAAUUCUAGGAUCGGAGUCCAACAAUAGCCCAAGUCUGUAGAAGCGCCUUUGUGAGAUACGACGUCGUGGAAGAGCGAAGCGUUUUCCAGAAGCAAAUAGGGAACAUUCAUUGUUCCGAAAAAAUCAACACGAAACGAUGAUUAGCAUUCUCACACAGGAGCGGUUAUUGGGAGCUUCAUUGGGUGUGAUAUUGACGAGUGCCGUUGUUUGGGAUCAACGUAGAUACAUCUAUGGUUCUAUUUCCGAUUCUCAAUCUCACUCUCAGGUUAGAGAACCCAUAUUUGGGAAGAAAUCACGCUCUGAAUUUGCACAUUCAUGGAACAAAACUGUGGAUCAGACAUUUGGACCUUUGAUAAAGUCUCUCAGCUCUCGUGGAUGGUAGAAAUGUUGUUAUGAAUUUUUGUGUGAUUGUGAUAUCAGAACAUGCAGUAAUUUUCAUUUUUAAUUAACUUCACAUGCUAAAUUGUUUGUCGAACGGUUGUGUGCACCAGCCGUGCUUACAGAUGUAAUGUUGUCUGCACCACUCAUAUGUACUUUCAAUAUAUGCAUCAAAAUACCUGAUUUUUCUUCCUUAAA